GACUAAAACACAAAGGACAAAGCGAUAUAUAGACGAAAAUGAAGGGAAAUCUGUGGUCAAUUGCUUUGUUUUUUUUAGCUCUCUAUAUGGUGAUUUCAUCUUAUGCAGCUUCAAGUGAGCCAUACCAAAUCCGAAAACUUUUGGGUAUAAUAGAUGCACGGCCUAGUUCGUCAAGACCGACAGGCCAGUGUUGUUAGCUACGCAAAGGCGGCGGGAGAAGGGAGCAUGCUCCCAUGAGAGCUGGCGUUUUAUGGGUCGUAGUCUUUAGACUUUAAUUUCGACUGGUACUUAAUUUCAUUAUUUUCUACUGUAGUUAGAAAUAAAGAGGGAAUCAACAAAAUUAAAAUCGAUUCUUACUUUAAAUGAGCUACGAAUAAAAUUUUCUAGAUCAUAUAAACUCUACGUUAGAAAGAAAAUAAAAAUUAAGCCCAUCGUAAUACUUCUUUAUUUACAUUAAAAUAUUUUCCUCUAUCAAAAACAGCCGAUACUAAUUUCAUUAGUAACACCGUCUGUUAACUCGACAAGAGACAAAAAUGUUGUCGUUUUUUUCAGCAGCGUACAUAUUUUAUUCGCUGAUACUAGUACAAAUUUGUGUAAUUGCUUUGCUGCAUAUCUCUAUACUUAUUUUUUUUGUUUGGUUGAGCUAAUUAAAAUCCGUUAGAACGUUCGAACUUUCGCCUUUGAUCUCUCUAAUCCCAUAACUACGCUUAUGAAAAAGGCACACACACUAAUUCGUCGUCUCCAGGUAGGAUCAGACCCAGGGUCAAGAUAAAUCUCUCAAAUGGGUAUCAUGGUCACUAUAAACCUCCCAAAAGGGAAAGGGAGGAUCGGAGAUAUACACAUCAGCAAAGGAAUGAAGAUUGGCUUUCGAGGCAGUUUUUCUAGAUCUGCUCAUCAUGGAAACGAUCCACCGAGUCAUUUCUAAGUUAUAACAUGUGGAUUCUAUCGAUCUGUUCUAUAUAUAUCUUAACUUGUGAUUUCUGCAUAUUUGGUAAGUACUAUAAAUAUUAUCUUUGAUUAUUUGA